UUAGCUAGCAUCAUACUUAAUAGCAGCAGAGAGGCUGCUCUCAACCAAUUCGAUUGAUUCCCUGUGAACGUUGUUAACUCGGUCAUUUACGUGUAAAUAUCAUUUGGAGAGCAACCUGAGUUAAGAUAGGUUGUUUGUGAUAGCAUCCACUGUAUCAAACUUGUUUUGGGAUCACGUUAACGUAAGGUAACGUUAAUGUACACAACGUCGUCAUUUGAGUGCCAAUAUUGCUAGAUUCACAUCAGAAUUCCCUCCCGUUUCUGAAAUCUUUGCUCCAUUGUAAUGUUGCUUAUCGGCAAAUCAAAUGACACACAAUUGAGAGAUAAAUGUGCUGCGAGUCAGCUAACGUUACUGAGCAACACUGUCACCAGCUGGCAAUUGAGGUUCAAUGUGGCGACUUCCCUCACUUGUUGGUGUACGGGCCGUCGGGCGCGGGGAAGAAGACCCGCAUCAUGUGUCUGCUGAGGGAGCUGUAUGGAGCUGGGGUGGAGAAGCUCCGCAUAGAGCACCAGACCAUCGUGGCUCCGUCAAAGAAGAAAAUUGAGAUUAACACAAUAGCCAGCAACUACCACUUGGAAGUCAACCCAAGUGAUGCUGGCAACCAGGACCGUGUGGUGAUUCAAGAGCUGAUUAAAACUUUGGCUCAGUCCCAACAGAUCCAGUCAAGCUCCCAGAGAGAGUUUAAAGUGGUGUUGCUAACCGAGGUGGACAGACUCACGAAGGAUGCCCAGCAUGCUUUGCGCCGGACAAUGGAAAAGUACAUGUACACCUGUCGUCUCAUCCUCUGCUCUACCUCCACCUCCAAAGUCAUUGGGCCAAUUCGGAGCCGUUGUCUGGCUAUCAGAGUUCCUCUGCCAAGCACAGAAGAGGUCUGUAAUGUUUUGACAUCAAUCUGUAAAAAGGAGGGUCUGCUCCUCCCACCUGAGCUGGCCAAGCAAAUCUCUGAGAAGUCUGGUCGCAACCUCCGCAAAGCCCUUUUGAUGUGUGAGGCCUGCAGAGUGCAGCAGUAUCCAUUCUCAGCUGACCAAGACGUCCCAGAGACGGACUGGGAGGUCUACCUCAGAGAAACCGCUAAUGCCAUCGUCAGCCAGCAGAGCCCUCAGAGGUUGUUGGAGGUUCGAGCCAGGCUGUACGAGUUGCUGACUCACUGCAUCCCUCCUGAUGUCAUUAUGAAGGGUCUGGUAACAGAGUUGUUGAGUAACUGCGAUGGUCAGCUGAAGACAGAGGUGGCUCAAAUGGCAGCCUACUACGAACACAGAUUGCAGCUGGGCAACAAAGCUAUCUACCACCUCGAGGCCUUCACUGCCAAGUUCAUGGCCAUAUACAAGAAGUUCAUGGAAGACGGUCUGGAUGACAUGAUGUUUUGACUCUAAAUGGACUUAAAUACGGAUACUUAACGGAGUUACGGAGUUAAACAGCCCUUGUUGAUUUCCUGAUAUCUUUUUUGCCCCAACAAGACUUUCAGUCAACUUAAUACAGAUUUACAACUUUAUAAGUAACUGUAUUCUGCAAGGCAUGGUGGCGACAUUGACAUAACUCACCCUAGAAUGGAUCUUGAGUGUGUACACUUACAAACGAUUAUGCAAUGAAUUGUUGGCCGAAAAUGUAACACUCUACCCAGUUUGUAAACGUUGAACUGUCACAACUGAUGUAAAAUAAUCCGAACAGAGCAGUUUUGAUAGUAGCAGGCAGGUUUUUGUGUUAAAAAUAUACUGCAAGGACAAGAGAUGUUUUCCUAAAAAUAUGCAUAAAUUGCUUUGUUUAUUAAAAAAAAGUCUGGUGUUACUCUA